UUAGCUAUCAUGUAUGUGAUGGGAGCCCUCGGACCUGCAGCUGGCUACCUGCUGGGUGGUGUCCUCAUCGGCUUCUACGUCGACCCCAAAACUGUAGUGAACAUCGAUCAGAGCGACCCUCGCUUUGUUGGCAACUGGUGGAGCGGCUUUCUCUUGUGUGCCAUAGCCAUGCUCCUGGUGAUCUUCCCCAUGUUUGCCUUUCCCAAAAAGCUGCCUCCACGGCACAAAAAGAGGAAGAAGAAAAAGAUUGGCUCUCCUGGUGAUGUGUCCAGCGAUGACGACGUGAUGAAGGAAAAGUCGAGCAGCAAAGGCCAGAACGUCUCCUCCUCCAUGGGCUUCGGAAAGGACAUCAAAGGUGAGGACCAGAUUAUUAUCGGCCUUUCUUUUACCCUUUAAAAUGUGAGGUGUUAAUGGAAGUUCUUCUCACAAAGGAACAGUGAACUAUUGAUGUACAAAUGGCCCAUAAUCCAAUCAAUAGGCACAAUUAGUUAACUUAACAAAGAGGGAAAGCUUCCUUG